CGGCUGCCGGGUUCCUCACAGCCGGGCCGGGGCAGGCGGCGCCCGACGCCUCCCCCCAGGAAAGGCAGCGGCAGCUGGUGUCGGGGCUGGCUGCCCCCCCCCCCUUCCCCCGGGAUGAACAUCAUGGACUUCAAUGUGAAGAAGUUCGCUGCCGAGGCGGGCACCUUCCUGAGCCGCGCCGUGCAGUUUACCGAAGAAAAACUUGGUCAAGCAGAGAAGACUGAACUGGAUGCUCAUUUGGAGAACCUCCUCAGCAAAGCAGAAUGUACUAAACUGUGGACAGAAAAAAUUAUGAAACAGACAGAGGUUUUAUUGCAGCCAAACCCAAAUGCUAGAAUAGAAGAAUUUGUCUACGAGAAGCUGGACCGCAAAGCACCAAGUCGUAUGAAUAACCCAGAACUACUCGGCCAGUAUAUGAUUGAUGCAGGGAAUGAGUUUGGCCCAGGAACAGCAUACGGAAAUGCACUAAUUAAAUGUGGAGAAACACAAAAGCGAAUUGGAACAGCAGAUAGAGAACUAAUUCAAACAUCUGCUAUAAACUUCCUCACUCCUCUAAGAAAUUUUAUAGAUGGAGAUUAUAAAACUAUUACUAAAGAACGCAAACUAUUGCAAAAUAAAAGACUAGAUUUGGAUGCAGCAAAAACCAGACUGAAGAAGGCAAAAGCUGCAGAAGCUAGAGCUGCACAACUAAACACGUCUCAGCCUGAAGAAAAUAACAUUAUGGUAAAUGUCUCUUACAUGCUCAACUUGCUGCAUGUAAAAUGGCUAAAGGUUUGGGCAGAGGAAGUGACAAAAUCUGAACAGGAAGUACGAAUAACUCAGAGUGAAUUUGACCGUCAAGCAGAGAUUACCAGACUGCUCCUGGAAGGCAUCAACAGUACACAUGCACAUCAUCUUCGCUGUCUGACUGAUUUUGUUGAAGCUCAAAUGACCUAUUAUGCACAAUGUUACCAAUAUAUGUUGGACCUCCAGAAACAACUUGGAAGCUUUCCAUCUGCCUUCCGCUCUAGCAAUAAUCAGUCUUCCUCAACCCCAGUGCCAAGUGUUUCCGCUUCCUCAGUCUUGGCUUCUGCCUCUGCUUCAUUGCCUUCAGUAAGCAAUUCAGUAGUUACUUCAGGCUUCAGUGAACUCAAAGCAUCAAGUGGCAGCAGGAAAGCCAGAGUUCUCUAUGAUUAUGAUGCUGCAAACAGCAGUGAACUAUCACUUCUUGCUGAUGAGGUGAUCACAGUGUACAGUGUCCCUGGUAUGGAUUCAGACUGGCUGAUGGGUGAAAGGGGAAAUCAGAAGGGCAAAGUGCCUAUUACUUACUUAGAACUGCUAAACUAACUGGCUGGCCUGGCUAAAGACUGCUAGUUACAGUGACACCCUAUUUAUAUACAAUUAACUUUAUAUAAAGCAGGUUUAAGUGUCUUCCAUGUUAUUGUCUUAAGGGAGAAGAAUACCAGUCAUCUGAAACCGGCUCUUCUGCCAGUAUUGUUGCAUGGUAAAUACUCUGUUCAGAUUUAAUUUGCGUUUAAAGCUUUUAUUUCAUGUGCCAAGAAUGUUUCCUACAGAAUUGUUUCUACUGAAGUUUUCACUAAUACCAAGAUUCUACUUUUGAGUAAUCUAGACCGAAAGCAGGAGGGCACUGUUUUCUACUGAAUUUUUCAUUAAUGGCAAGCUUCUUUCCUCACAUAAAAUAAAUUUAUUGUGAAUUGA